AUGUCCGACAGGUUUGGGCUUAAAGUAAAGGAAAAUGCGGGGAAGACGAAGUAUUCUUCACUCAACUUAAACCAAACAUACAAAGGAACUAAAGUCGAAACCAAGACAUCCUCAGGUUUGAUUUUCUAUUUUAUUUUUUUACUUCCAAGAUCUGAUUUUAAAAAGGUUUGAUGUUUUGUACUAUACAGAACACCGCUUUUUCUUUAAGCGAUUUUUAAGGCAACUUCUGAUCUCGUUUGUGAUGCUAUCCAUGGGUCUUUCAAAGCGGCUUCCGGUUUGGCGGUUUCUUCGUUGUCUUCAUAUGUUUUUAGUAACGAUUUACUUUUUAUACAUAAAAACUUCCUUGAAGCUAAAGUGGACCCGUUUCUUUCUCCAAGGGGCCGCUCGCCAUGGGCUUCAGAGCCUCGGAAAAGUCGGUGCAAGUCGUCGAAUUCCACCUCCUGCGAAUCUCCCGUCUUUGAAGAGCGAAAACUCCGGCAACGAUCCUACAGUUUCUUUAGUUCCUAGCGGUGGAGGAGGAUGGGGCAGCACAAAGGAGAAACCAACGGAGACUCCACCAGUGGUAACUUCACAAGCAGCACCUCCGAGUUCCACAUUGUCGCAAGCAAAUGCGCCAACUUCUCAGCAGCCGCUAUUGCAGCCUCAGCGGUCUAUACCGCCGCCAUCGCAUCCACAACCUGUUCAACAACCUCAACCACAAUCACAAACUUCGGGGCAAACGCAAGCACAACCGGUCAAACAGCAUCAGCAAGAAGCUCAAGCGAAAACAUGGGGCAAUAUAUCGUCAAACGGGGCUGGUGGUCCAGGUACGAAUAUACUCGCAAAAUGUUAAGUUGUUCGUAUCUUUCUGUUUGAUGUUGAUGGUCUAAUUUGCCAAGAUGACAUACGUGAUGCUUUGCAUCGUAAAUUAUACAUAGGAAGUAAUUUUCUUAUUCUGUUCUGUUUUAUAUUACUGCUUUGGUAAACUCUGAAGUUUGUUCAUUCGUGUGAAAUAAAAAGUCUCGCAGGAUUUCGUGUAAUGCAGUUAAUUGAAAUUUGUGUACUUGUAUAAAACGUAUUUACAUUUGUCAUGACAAAGAAGCGAAUUAUGCAUGUGGUACGAAAAUUAAUUAUUAUCAUUUCUAACUUGAUGGACUUGAGUAUACAUAUAGAUUGGAUAACAUUUUAAGAGAAGAAUAUUCCUGUCCAAUCUGGACAAAAGCAGUGCUUUCCUCUGAAAAACGGCUGUGCAAUUCUAGUAUUUCUCAAACAUUUUUACAUUUUGGUAAUUCUUCCAAGUUUUUUGGAGCUUAAGCACAGCAUCAUUAUUGUUUGUUUGGGUUUUCAUAGUGAAUUACAACAUACAGGCUCAAGCAUUAUUUUCCACUCUUAAUAUAACUCUGUCAACUCUGCUGACCAGCAUGUGCAACACUGAAUGUGCCACUCUUUAGUACCAGGGUUGUGCCCUAGCGGCACCUGUUGGCCUUUGGCACAUUACUUUUGCUCUCCAGGGAGGUUAGGAAGUCUUGGACACUGGGCACCCUGCAAUUCACAAUUUUAGAGCACUGAGCAUUUGUAAUUUUUUUUUAGAGCACAGCCUUUCUCACUGUUUUAGUACCACCAGGGUUCUCAAUAGAUUUUUAAGUAGGAGGUGAUCACUGAUAAAGUAGGAGGCUCUUCCGCAAAGCCAGAGGUGUCAAAACAAAGCAAAGAAAAGCGACUUAAACACAAAGUAAGCGGCUAUAAAUCCCAAAGUAAGCGGCGAUCAAUCGCCGGGUGCCGCCUUCUAUUGAGAACCCUGUACCACACUGAAAAUAUAUGGGCAUUUGCAGUAAAACAAUCAACUUCCAAAAUGAUUUGAUGUUGUGUAAGUUGCUUGUUACAUUUCCCUGUUAUGUUUUGUCCUGCUGCUGCCACACAUGUGCUGACAAUGACUAAUACUAAUGUAUUCAUUCAUGUAUUCCUUUCACAUUUGUUUUUGCAGAGAAAACCUACUCUCACCAGGAGAUGCCUUAUUUCAAUCGGGAAUUCCCAGUGUUGGGUGGUGGAAACUCGGGAGAAAGGCCUCCACCUCACAUGGAAGAAAAAGACCAUUCACAGUAUGGUCCAAGACCUAUGAUGCGCAACAUGCGUAAGCAUUUUCUCCAUUUGUUGUAACUAAUUUUCGCUAAAAUUCAGGAGUUAUUCUCCUUCUCUUUUCAAACAGCAAUGUGAAAUACAUUUCAUGUCUCCUUUAAUAAGGCGAUUUUGACGAUGGUAUCAUUUUACUGCUACUACUAGAAGCCUUCAGGAUUUUGCUUGGAGGGCAUUUGGUGUGUAAAAUCUCCUUGGGAUUACCAAACUUAAAUUUGAAAGAAAGAACAUAGUGAAUUCUAGUCGUAGUAGUAAAAGACGUCAUCAUGCACAAAUUCUCCAGACCCAUCUCCGUAUAGCCUGACAAAACAUUGCGAUGCCACCACUGGUUUCCCCAUGAAAUGAACCACCACCCAGAUCUGGGUAGUGAACAGCAUCAGUCUGGAAAUUCUUCGCUCCUUUCUCAGAUGUCAAAAGAACUGUGGAGAGAAUUUAUUUAAAGAUCAAAGCAUUUUUCGUUGUGAAAGGUUUGAACCCAGGAAUCAUUUCAAAAGUAGGUUGAGUUUGAUUGUCCGGGUGAACAUAGUCCUGAAUAGGACUGUUGUUGUUGACAGUGACUAACGUUUCAACAACCUGUGGGCUAGUCAUCUUCAGAGUCAAGUGAGUUGUAUCACGUUAGUUGAUGGUAUUAUACUCUGGUUAUUGACCUUAUUGGUCAAUUACGUCGCAAUGUUAUUGGUCAUCUGCCAGUUAAGCUGUGAUGUUAUUGACUAUGAAGACUCAUAAUGUAAUUGGUGCGUUUAUUGUGUAUUCAAACAGAUGUCUAUUGUUAGUCAAAUUGUCAGUUGUCCAGUCAUUCUCUUGUAGGUAGUUUUGCUUGAUCUUGUCAAUAAGUUGUUUGUACGGUGCUGGUAGCUGUUGACUAUGAUUCAGUGGCGUUUGUUCUAAGUUAGUAAACCAGCUUUCUAAAGUGAGUCGUUGAUACUAGUCCUUUGGUCAUCGCUUCAUUAAUUCUCACAACCUUUUCUCUUGAAUACGUAUUGAUGUUGUCAGAAGAAAAUUAAUGUUGGUCGGUAUUGGGAUUUAAAGGGUGAAGAGCAGCUAUCCAUUCUACAAACAAAAUGGAUCAGUGCUGUUAAAAAGAGUAUUUCUGAAUUCUGAAAUGUGACGAGGUUUUCAAAACGUGUGCAUUUAGUUGAUGCAUAAAGUGUCAUGCAGAUAUUACUGGGCUGGAAAUUCUGACUAGACUGGCAUAAUAAUUCCUAGUUACGUAUCUUACAGUGGUGUCAACUCCAGUUAAUGCCAUUUAAUAUUAUUUUCAGACGAGCCACCAUGGAUGGAACGCAGUGGUCCAGGUAUUUAGUGCAAAUCUUUUACACUCUCCUCUCCCUGUUUUAACCUGCCCAAAAAGAUAUAUGCCAGUGGUCAUGCAUUGAACUUUGUGAAUAUAUAUAAGCCUUGUUUACAAACACCUGAUGAUGAGUAUGGUUCUUUUCCUGCCUAUUAACCAUCAUCGCAUUCAUAAAAUUUUAUUUUCAAUGCAUGUUUUAUUCCUUAGUAAAAAGUUAUGAUAGUCGUGUAGUUUCCCUGACAUGAUUUGACUUUUUAUAGGUAUGUGCAAAUAUCAGAAAAAUGCUGUUGGUAGUAUCUUCUGUGGGAACACACAGGAGAUACUGAUUCAAAGGCGGAGAUGUAUGCCUUUUCAUUAACACCAUCUUUCACCACUUUCUUUUUGUGGGAUAAAAAUGAAAAACUAUGGCUAUGUUGCAGGCUUGAUGGAAAGCUCCUUUUGUUUUUGUGGUGGCCUAACAAAGUAUAUUGUAUAUAUUGUAUAUUUCCUGCUUUGGCUCUGACAAGACUUGGCAUUUUAAGGCAGUGUUGGUCUUUGAUUAUUUGCAAUUCAUAGAGUCAUGAUUUUUUUAAAUCCUAUACAUCAAGGACUUUUAAAGGGGUUAAACUUCAAGAUACAUGUACAUGUACAUAUUAGUGAUGAAAUUUAUAUUACCCACUAGCUGGAUUAGACUUGGUUGAUUCUCAAUGUUUAUGUUAUACAGUACCAUUCAACAGUAAGUUGACACUCCAUUGUGAGUCUCAAUUCUUGACUUGAUUCUCGAUUACUGUGCGAGCCAAGAAUCGAGAAUUGGGUCGAGGAUCGAGUCUUGCAGAACACAAACUGUACACUGUAAAACUGUACUGUAUGUAAUUGAUGUAAAGAAUCAGGUAUGUUAUCACUUAUAUUUACAAUCCUUAUUAUGUAUCCCUUUAGAGUAUGGUCCUGGCAGAGAAAGAUCAGAUGUGUACAAUGGAGGACCAGGCCCAGGCUAUGCAGCAGGACCACAGUACAGAAGGCCUCCUGAAUAUCAGGUUAGAAGUUCUCUUAACAGUACGAACUAGCCUUUCAAUAAAAGAAGCAAAGACAAUGUAGUCUACAAUGUCACACUUCUAAGCAGCUAUCUUCUUUGAGAAUUGAUUCUUGACUUGAUUGAUUUCUCAAACCUCAGUCUACUCGUAUAGGUUAGGCUUUGUGUGAUGACCUAAUGUGUAGUUCAUUAUUAUGGUUUGGUUUGUUUUUAGCAUGGUCAACAUGGAAAGAACUAUCCUACUGGAUACCCUCAUCACCAUGGAACUGGACCGCAUGGUUAUGGACCAGGUGCAGGAAGACAUCCCCAUGGACAUCCUCCAGAUUUCUACUCUAGGUAUGUGUAGGGAGUAAAAAACACAUUUCAACAGUAUUUAGUUGGACUUCACAAAGAAAAAACUUGGGGGUUUUUGUUACUAAGGAAUUAGGCUUUUCAAAUUCAUCAGUGUUUUAAAAUGCCAUUGUGCUUAUUAAGCAAUCAUGUCAACAAGGACAACAACGGCGUCCAAAAAAAAUUGGUCUUGUGAGCAAAACAAUAGCGCUGCUCUUGCAUCAUGCUUUUUAGUACAUUUCUUCGAUGUCUACUGCACGACUACGAUUACAAUGUGAAACCUUCUAAUGUGACAUUUUAUUUUGGAUGUGAGCAUAUAACAACAAAUUUUCCUUUCUCGUUUUUAACCUGGAUAAGGUCCUUAAGAAUUCAACUGGAGAAAAAAUCUCCUACAUUUGACAAAUUUAGUGGGUCCAAAUAGAUGCGACAAAGUUUGAAAGAGUGCAGAUUUAUUUUUUAGCAAUUUUUCGCUGCCGUCGUUGUUGUCGUUGCUUAAGCUCGCUAAUGGUGAGUGAACAUACAUGUAACCAGAGGGUGUUGUCUCUUUGUCCAAUUUGUUCCUUGAUCAAGAGACAAGAUCAUUAUACUGGAGCCCUUGCGCGCAUGCAACGGAGCACCAUGGGUAAGAAAAUGUGGUUAUCUAUGCUUUCAAGAAAUUUUGGUUCUGCGAAAAUCGUCUGUAUGUACAUAUGUCCACACCUUUUAUUUAAGCCAGGGUGAAAUGUUGUAUAUCGAGCACCUGCACAUUUCACCUGUAAAUCGCAUGGCCACCCAGACCUUUUAGAGCGAAAAAUUAGACAACAACAAAGUUGAGUUUUUCUUUCAGCUAAAUUUGUUGUCAAUGUCUACAUUGGCGAGGAUAACAGAGAAUGAGCUAGAGCUAGAGCUAGAGCUAGAGAUAAAAAACAAAGGAGAUCAAUUUCGUUCAGAAGAAAAACAUGAAAAUUUUAUAAUAAUAAUAAUAAUGAAGGUCUUUAUUAAACACUCUAAACAACAGACUUGUUUAGUUACAAUGAUAUCGAUACAGAUAACUAAUUAACUAACUUGGUAACUAACUAACUAACUAAAGAACAAAGGUCUAUUUACAAAAGUUCUCUUGAAACGCUCAGUUCUGACAGGCGGGAGAAUACAGUUAUAACACCUCUUGCGUAACGUAAUCAUAGUUCGCUCUUGUGGCAGAAGGUCAUGCAAAGCUGUUGUUGAAUUGCUGUCGGUGAUCUUGUCCCAUAACUUCUUAUCUUUCAGGGCAAUAAUAUUUUCAAUUAAGAAAAGAAAAAGAAAGGCAUUAUCUUAUAGCUGUAGUGAGUAAAUGAGAAAUGCUAGCUGCCACCAAGGUGAAAAUGAGUGGCAGUGAAAAACAAAGUGAACAGGAGCACAUUUGACAUUUCCUCCAUAAAACAUGUAACUAGAAAGUUUCGAGAAGUUUCAUGUUCUAGUCGUGCAAAGCAAAGGCAAAGAAAUGUACAGAAAAGUGUGCUGUACGUGCAAAGUUGUUUUUGCCAAUUAGACCUAUUGUUUUUUUGCCAUUUUCGUUGCUGUCACCAUUUAACAUUACACGAUUUUAUUUGUUUUUUGAGUUAACUGUAAAUGCAAAUAAGAGCGUCUUGGCUUGAAUCUGUGGUCUCCAAACUUAAAAAAGGGAAAAUCAAGAGUAGAGUCUCAAGAAUGUAGAUUUGUGUGAUGGUCAACUUACUUUUGAGCAUUACUGUAGGCAGCAGUUUGAGGUUUGAAACACAUUAUCUCUAGAACACUGGUAGCCACAAAUAUUGCACAUUUUGUAACCGCUACCACUAGGACCACAGAAACUGAAAAAGGAAAUUCUCUUUGUCAAGGUAAAUUUUGUGUUGUGUAAUAUAACCAUUGUAAUUAUUAUAGGGGACCAGUACACAGACCAGGAGCUGCUCCAGGACCAAUGCAUAGGACAUUAGACAAAGGAAGAGGUGAGGGAUAUGGUAGGCCUGCUAUUCUGAAACCGGAAGAUAUACAAGCAAUGGAUGAUAAUGACGAAGAAGAGGAAGGUGGAUGGGCUGGUGCUCAAGAUGAAGUGGAUUAUGCUGCCAAGCUUGAUUUUGAGGACUUUGAUGAGGAUGAAAAACCAUCUGCAGAAAACUCGAAGGAGAGAUCUAACAGAGAUACAAGUGUUGGUGAGCCAGAAUCAAGAUGGCAAAGUAAUGAAGGCAAAACUGUAAGUAGUUCCUGUCAUGUGUACAAUGUUCUAGCCUUUGUGGCCCACCAAUGGUGCUUUUUCUUCACAGCCAGUAGUUUAGAAGUGAGUUGUAACCUUGGGUGUAAAAGAGUCAAUCCUUUAACUGAAGUAAAGAAAGUGACGGUCACAGUGAUACAUUCAAGUCUGAAACAGAAAAAAUAUAAUAUUUCUUUAAUUAUUGAUUUUUAAGAAUUAUUAUAAAGUAGUUGCUCAGAUUUAAACUAAAUUGGUUUAGGUGUAGCUUUUGUGAUUGUAGCUACAAAAAGGAACAGUCAAUUUGCUGAGGAUUAUUGUUUAAGAUUCUCACUUCUAAACAUCAGUUCUGAGGAGUGUCAAAAAUAGAUAUAUUUUUCUUAAACAAAAGAAACUUUAAAAAGAAUGUAUGGUGGUAAAAAGAUUUGGAACCUGAUGCAAAGUGGUGGUCUUUUGUGCAGUAAGGAUGUGCUGAAGCAGUUACAGUGCAGGUCAGAACUAAGCGAACCAAAAUAUAUGUGUAAUACGUGUCAGGAAAUACAAGUCCAUUGUGUCAGGCCAGAUGUGUCCAUGCGUCUGAGCUGACAAACAUAUGCAUCUGCUCUGAAAUGCAUCAGUGCUUAAGACUCAUUAGUAUGUAUGAGCUAUCUCUAUGUGUAGAAGUGUAAUGCGUCCAGUCGGUAGAAAGCCGACAAGAAUCAAACUGGCAGAUCAGCUCAUGCCAAAAAUUUGCAUGUAACAAACCACACGAAUGAACUGUAAAACUGUCAUUUGGCAUUGAGACACAUUUCUGAAGUAAUCAAACAAAGAACUCUCAAAAGUGUUUGAAAAACCUGACGCACGUAAAUUUUGAUUACAGUGGAGAUGAGAUUUGCAUUUGAUUUUAACUACUCAUAUCUCUCAUACAGUAAAUUGAGAGUGGUCAAGGAAUUCCCUCAAAAACGAACAUUCACAUCUUUACAAGACCUAUGCAAAUACAUGUACAAAAGUAACACCGAACCCAACAUCAUAACAAAGUGUUCUUCCUGUUAAGCUGCUGUAAAUGAUUGAUGUGAAAAGAUGCAUGGCACAUGCAUGAAGGCAAAAUGAGCAAACUGUUGUUUGCUGUUCGCAUCCAUGAAGCUUUUACAAGGUAUCAAGUCUUAAAGAAUGAAAAGGAAAUCUUUUUUGUAAGUCCUUCAUUUGACACAAAUUGCAACCUCACUGGCACAGUACAUGGUCGGAAAUUCCUCAAGGAUUUCAAAAACGUUCAAGAGAUAUUCAUUCACUUCCAGAAUGAAUUAAAAAAGCAGCUAAACAAUCUAAACCUGAAAUGUUGCACAUAAUUAUAAAAAUUUAUGUUUUUUUAAGGAGAAAAACUGAGAAUAUUUUCGUUUUCAUUGCACCAUUUCUGGUGCAAAUGUUGCUAUUUUUCAGCGGGCUUGAGGUAACAUUUUGGAUCAAUUUAAGUUUUUAAGAGUACAAUCGAGAGUUGCCUUAAAUGUGAAUGUAUUAAAGCCUAUUGCAAAGUCAAUUGGAAUUACGGCCUAAUUAUGAGUGUGGCUAUUUUACUUGCUUCUCAGAUAUGUAAAUUUAUUUCAUUUAUUUCAUUUUGUCGCUGUUAAAAUAAAGGCUGAUUUUCGGCUCUUCUAAGAACCGCUUGUAUUCUUCAGGUGUAUGAAUCUAGAAUUGCAAUAACAAGCGAUUUUGCUAAUGAAACUCCACACGUCGCCAAAUCUACCUUGAUUAAUCACAGCUAAAGUCCCUCAAGGAAAGUUCCUUAGAAUGAGUGACUAUUGAGCUUCUUCAAACCUGAGAAUUUGUUUUGUUAUUUACAACAAUGCAGCCCAAAGCAAAGCUGUCAUAGUGAAUAACAAAAGAAAAAUCGUUUCCUUCCUGAAGAGUCUGAGCGAACGCAGAUGCUCGUCAGUUCUGGCCUCCACCCUUGUUUAAGCUGACAUGUCCAUUGCAUCAAAUUUGUGUCUGCAUUGUUCGCUAAGCUCUGGCCUGCACUGUAGCAUCAAAGUCCUUAAUAGACAAUUAAACUAGCAAAGCAAAGAAGCACAAUGAAUAUUGUAUGACACAUUUGUUAGUCAACAUUUGCUUGGGCAUUUUAAUAAAGUAUGCAUGGCCUUGUCAGCAGUUAAACUGGUUUACAGAGGGCUUGAAGUAAUGACACAGACUGUGUCCAGUCAAAAGUAGGCUCUGUCCAGUUUGUUUGAUUGUUUAUGCAUGCGCUUCUAAAUUUUUAAAAAUUUCUUUCAACAUGGUUGGACAUUUCUGGUGAAGAUAUGGCCAGACUGAGAAAUGUUACAAAAUAUUGUUUUUAGUUUUUAUAUCUAGUUUAAAACUAGAAAUUUGUGCCUUGCAAAACCUCGCAAAUCUCCAAGUUAAGCCCUGACGGUGGAGCUUUCGCUGGUCCCUUUAAAGCUUGCUCAUGAUAAAUGAUUCUUAAUGGGGAUUUCUUAGUUUCCGAGAGGUGCAAUUUAUUGCUAUUUGUUCAUCAGCACAAAUCUAGAAGUGUGUAGUGUAAAUUAUUCUUAUAGUCGGCACACCUUUGCAAAGAAGGGUGAUGAAAUGUUGUAGUUUGUAAUGACUGGAUCAAACAUUGCAAAGAAGUGGAUAAUAUAACUGAAGCGACAGUUGCAUGCACAAAUACAAUAUUAUGAAGGCUUUUUCGAUUUAGCCCAAUAUUGUUGUUGCCCCACUGUACCAUGCUCCACACUUCCUAUAUUUCACACAAUGCUUCAUGUAUUAUGUGGCUGAAUCCGCAAGUGGACAAGAUGGAGUGAAUCCUGUCUUCUGAUUGGGUAUCCACCAAUCUGGAGCUUAUGCUUGAUCAGUAAUGCAUGUGUCAUGCUUGCUUUGGGUGGGUGUGGGGGAUUUUAUUGAGAUGUGAAGUGAUAAAUGUUUGCCCAGCGAAAAUCGGGUUGUCUGAGUAAUAAUAGGCUGAUUUAGCAACAGAACAGGAAUGUCAUUUGACGAUAUGAAAGUGCGCGGAAAGGACUAAACGCGACUUCCAGUGCGCAAUUUCCGGCUUUGCCAUUGGUCAAGCCAGUUGUUUGAUUUGGGCACGCUGUCGUCACCUUACGUUCCUGUUCUGUUGCUAAAUCAGCCUAAUAGGUUUGACUGGACUACUUGACUUUACCAAUAAUUAGUAAAACUGCCAAGUUUAAGAGUUAUUUGUUGAAAACUUACAAAGAUGUAGCUCCUCAAAGUCGCAAAAUUUCAGAGACGUUUGUAUGGUGGGUAGCCUGCAAAUGCAGCUGUUUCUCCUUGCUCCUUGCCGCUUGGGAUGUUUGGCCAAGAGAGAUGACUGUGCCUCAGUAACAGAAAUUCCAUACUGAUGAUGUAAAUCAAUGUUUGCAUUAUUUAUCCGGUAGUCAUGGGGUUCCAAAUGCAAAUUUGUUCGAUUUUAAGUUCCUCCUGGUUGAUUUUGGUGGAAUUUUGCGUUUUCUGUCACUGAGGUGCAGACAUCUCGCCUGGCGAAACAUACCAAGGGUCAAGGAGAGAGGAGAGGUGGCUGUUUUCGCAGGCUAUAGAGAGGGGGGCAUAAACUUGCCUCCCGCCAUACUAACAUCUGUCAAUUUUCGCAAUUUUGAGGAGUUACAUCUUUGCUCGCUUAAGAUGUAUCACUUUCAAACUUGGCAAUUUUACUAAUUUUAAGAUUAAUUUUUAGAUUUUUCCUAACUGGUCCAUGUCAAAAGUAGAAAAAACUGUGGAAAAGUAUAUGUUGUGGCUCAAUUUAAUCCUUGAAUUAAAUGUUAUUUUCCUUUGUUUUUGGGUAUGGUAAUGUAUGAUAAUGAGUUUGAAACAAAGGAAAAUAAAUUUUAAUCCAAGAAUAAAAUUGAACCACAACGUAUAUUAAUUUCUUAUGUGUGAAAACUUUCUGCAGGCUAGAUCUAUCCAUACACUGGGUACUUGUAAAAUAUAACUCAUUCUCCAUUUGAUGACACAGUUGAGAAUGCUCACCUACCAGCUGAAUGUUGUGUUCUGUCCAGUUUCUAAUGCUUUCAACUUAAGAGUAACUGAGGUCUGUGAGAAAACUAAUCACAUUACUUACUGAGACACCAGACACCCCUUUGCAGAAUAACACAGUCUGUGAAUUCAAAUUUGUUACAGAGAAACAUAGGUGUAACACAUUCUGAUUUCUCCCAGGGAAACGAAACUGCACCACCUCCAACUAGACAAGCAUGGGUUGAAUCUCAGGGACAUCUCCAUGGCUAUUCAGAUGGUAGGCAAAUACCUGCAGGGCCUGGAAUGAGACAAUUUGACAUUCGGGGUUCCCCACCUGCUCCAGGGUGGCCUAUGCCAUACCCUCAGCAUCUCGCAGCGCAGCAAAGAGAAGGCGGUCCAGUACAACCUUCCCAUCAGAUUGGUCCUGAUCAAGCAAAGCCAGGUCCCAUGGAAGGAGAAGUAGCAGUCAAUGAGUGGCAGAAACGAAGAGUGCAGCAACAAGAAGAAAUGCGUGUUGCAGUAGAGAGGGCGCGGAUAAAGCGGGACGAAGACGCGUUGAGAAGGCAAGGUAAGCCAGUCCCCAUGGAAGGAGAACCAGUGGUCAAUGAAUGGCAGAAACGAAGGGUGAAGCAACAAGAGGAAAUGCGGGCUGCAGUAGAGAGGGCUAGAAAAAGGCGAGAAGAAGAUGAGUUGAAAAGGCAAGCUGAGCAAAAAGCUGCCUCAACAGCAAAGCUGAAAGAGUUAGAGCUGAAGAGAAUUAGAAGAGAGAGUGCUAAAGAGGGAGAGGAUGCUUGGGGAGAUGAACUGGACUCCAUUGAAAAGGAGUCUAGUAAACCUGCUAAUGAACAUUGGGAAUCAGAAACAUCUGGAAGGGAACAUGAACCCCAUAGCACAACAGUAAACCAGCAGGAUGGUUCUUUGAUAAGAAAUGAGGUUUUUGAACAUUCUAACAGGCAGCGUAAUGACAGCGAUUCAAGUGAUGCCUCCCGAUCAAGUGCACCAAGAGGUGCUUCAAGAACACAUCAUCAUCCAAGAGACAUCCCCCCUCGCUUUCAGCAGCAGCAACAACUGCGUCAGCAACAGCAGCAACAAUUUCAGCCGCAUUAUCAGCAGCAGCAACCUCCGCAACAGUAUCAGUACCAUCAGCAGUUAGCUAGAUCGCCGCAGUUGAGAGAGCUUCCAGAAGGACCACUCACAGUUAGUCAUCAUCCUGUGGUUGAGACAGGUGGGUUUGAAAGCAUUGAUCGUCUCUUUUUUAAUAAUGGAAAAUAGAGUGUAAUAAUUGCUAAACAAUAUUAUUGUCAGAAACAUGAUCACUAUAAACUGUCACUUGUGUAUGACUCUGCAAUAUUGAAGAUACCUUGCACUGAGACCUUGCUGCAGUGUAGGGGAGAACUGGGCCCAGUUGGUUUCACUGAUGGUUAAGGUUUAAAUUUAAGGAAAAUUUGUUCAUCUGGGCCCAGUUGUUCGAAAGCCGAUUAGCGCUUAACCCGGGGUUAAAUUUAACCCGCGUUUCUUUUUCUGGCGUUCAAAAGCAUUUUGUCGGGUAAUUUUCUCUGUUAUUUUUAGAGCUUCCAAUCAUCAACUAGUUAGGACAAAAAGAAUUAAAACUGAAAUGCUUUUUAAGCUUUCAAAUUUAAAUUCAAAUCUCGCACUAACCCUGGGUUAUCUUAACCCAGCUUUGAACAACUCCGCCCUGAGGAUUUUGUAACUAUAGCUUGUAGAUUUAUGCUGAGCGUUCAACUAGACCUAACUUGUGCUAACCCAAAAUGGUACUCCAGACAAUCUCAGUGAAGGGGAACAAAUUGUGGAAUGGUGGAGUUAGGUUACAGUUAUUGGCCGUCCAGCAACUAGACUCAGGUGAUCAGUUUCUCAAGAUAUUGGUAAUUCCCUGGUUUUGCACUGCCCGUCUCUUACUGUGUACAACAAGAUGGCUACUGUGAAAAAAGAGCUCCUCAGUAAAAUCAUUAAAAAGGGGGUUAAUCAGUGAAAAAGGUUAUUGUGACUGGCAUCCUAGUUCCAUCUUUCACUGUUGCCUAAAUGCAUGCGGUGAGAUAAUCAUCUCCAAUUGUGCUCCCCUCGGCUCUCUUAUGCCUAUUGGUGUUGUACAUGUCUUUUGUAAAGAUAAUAGGGUUUGAUACAAAUGUUUAUCAGUAAAUUCAUUAGCCAGUGCAAGUGCUGCCUGAAAUUGUGUCAAGUAACCCUUUCAAUACGUUGUAAGUAGACAGUGUCCUUAGAAAUGAGUAGGUGUGGCUUCUUGAUAUUACGGAAAAAGAGGUUCCAUUUUAUUGUGUCCAAAGUGGAUUUCAGUAUACCGAAUUGUAGUACAAGACUCUUAAAAUAUUUAUUUCUUCUGGCUUUAGGUCCUUUGUCACCUUCACAGCCUGUAAGAAGAAUAAUGAAGCGUUCUGAUAGCAGUAGUACUGCUGGAGAUGAUAUUGCUAGUGUGAAAUCCCUUGAAAGUGGUGGUGGGGAGCCAACCAGAGAAAGUGAGCGAAGAUCACCUGCUGCACCACCACCUGAUAAAGUUGACAAGGCUGACCUAGUCAGUAGAUCAGCAAAAGAAGAUGAAGCUAAAAGACCAGACUCUAGCAGAACAGAAAAGAAGCAAGUAGACAACCAAGAGGUGCCAGUGUUUGAUGAGGCUGGAAGCGAAGAAUCAGGCGAUUUAGGGCAAAGAAAACAGCAGGAACCUGAUAAGCCGGUGGAGUGUGUUAAAGAAAAGGGGCCUGAGAAAACAGAUGGUAAAGGUACCAUUGAUGGUGCAGUAAAAUCUGUUCCUGAAAAAUCAAGAACUUUACCUGACAAGGCAGAUCAGACCAGAGAAAGACGUGAAGAAAGGCGCGGUUCUAAACGGGAUGUAAGAUCUCAAGAUGAAAGACGGAGUGAAAAUUCAAAAGACCUCGGUAAGCGAAAACGAGAAGACAGUGAAGAUUUUGGACGGGUUCAUGAAAGAAGAGGAAGAUUUACUGGUCGAGAUGAUUUUAAACGUGAGCGGUUCUCAGAACCUCAAGGUCGUGGUAGAGUUAGCUUUCCAGUGCGGGGGCGUGGGCGUGGAUUAGGGAGUAAUGUAACAAGCCAUCGUGGUCGUGGAAGAGGAGAAAGAGGUGGCAGAGAAAGUAGAGACUCCAGAGAAUACAAGCCAUACAGAUCUCACGAGCCAAAGGCAUCACCAGCUUUCAAGAGUGAUAAAGGUGAGCAAAAAUUAAAGGAUGAAGGCAAGGAAAAUGUUCCCAGAAAAACGAACUUUAGUAAACCUGAAAGUGAAACCCCUGUCAAAGUUUCACAGGAUGUUGCCUUGGUGAAACAGGAAACAACCCAGGAAACUAGUCCCUCAAUAUCUGGAAAAGAUGUGGUUCUACCGCAAAAGGAUGAAAAGACCUCUGAGGAAAAGAAAAGUGUUGCUGUGACUGAAGAUAAGAAAACUGCUGAAGUUAAUCUUCCUAUCAAAGAUGGUGAUAAGUCUAAGGGGACUGAUGAUUCAAAAAAGAAAUCAGAAAACAACAAAGAAGCUAUUGAUUUCAAACCAAGGGGGCGUGGUGGUUUUGGAAGGCCUCCUCAGCAUUCACAAGAUUUUAGAAGUACAGGCGUUGAGGACAAGCGUCCAGGAGGGAAGAAGUUCACAGAUAAAAGGCGAAGUAAUAAUGAGAAAGGCAGGGAUCGUUAUGACGAUUAUGAAGAGAAACGGCCUACUCGGAGUUACAGUAGGGAUCAGACAAGCCAAAAGACCACAACACGGGACAACAAAAACUGGGAGAAAAAUCGAGAAAAGGAUCAAAAGUCCUAUUCCCAAUAUGAGGGAGAAAGCAGAAGUAGGCGUCAAGCUCAGGAAGACCGUAUGAAGAGAACUAGUGAAAGGGACGAUGACCAACAAUAUUCAAGAUCAAGAACAGGGGAGAGAAAUCAGCGAGGUGGCUUCCGCUCUUCAUAUUCUACUCGUGGACGUUUUGCUAAGCAGCCUUUACGCACAGGCAUGCGGGGUGGAAGGUCGAAUCAGCCAGUAGGAAGUGGACGCUUUGGGAAUAAUUAUAGACGUUCCAAGUCGACUGAUGAAGAUCUCUCUGAUGACGAUUAUGACAGUGAUUCAAGCAGCUAUACAACUGCUACUUCUGCGUCUGAAGAAAGAAGAGAUGAGAAACCAUCUGAAAUAGUUGAAGAGUCAGAUGUGAAGAGGUCAAAAGAUAACAGUUAUGAUAAAUCGAGGGGUGGUUCGCGAUCUACAAGAUCACCCAUUCGUGGAAAGGUGUCCUCACGUUCUGGUGGGAGAGGUUCUGGUGGUUUUGGAAGGAGCAGAAGAGAAGUGGAACGUCCCCCUCGCUUUCAGAAACAACAGGAAAGGGAGAGAGCUAGAGGUGUUCCUCAUGCUGAUAGAGAAAGUGGUCCAGGGAGAGGAAGAGGUAGAGGGCGAGGAAGAAGAGACCAGCUUCAAAAAGAUUCAGCUGCAGGCCCAGGAAUGCCUGUUACGGAAGACUGGGAUGAAGAAAUAAAAGAUAAAGAAACAGCGUCCUCCAAAGGUGAUAAGCCAGGUCUGCGAAAGGAGACAAGUUCAAGGAGAGGUUUUUCAGGCCAACGAUCUUCCUCUGAUAGGAAUCGCAAUGAAAAGACCAGAGAAUCAGGUGGUGCACGUAACACAUCUUCUAGGCGAGAGCCUUUUUUAGCGGAAAGGCAGCAGGCAAAAGCUGAAGGUUCCAAGUCUGUGGGUGGUGAGCCUCGGGUGCCUUUGCCUGCUGCUAGAAAUGGUGUGAGCAAGGAUGGAAACCGCAGAUCAGAGAUGCAAGGCCACUCUCAUGGAACUGGACUGGACAACAUUAACGCUGCAGUAAGUGAGAACAGAGCUUUGCGAAAGCAAGAAACUCCUUUGAGAACAACUGACAUUAAGCAGUUUGACUUGCACAAUAUUGCUGGUGUGAUCUGCAUCGACGAUAUGACAGAUGAUGACUCUGAUAUUUCAUCAACCCUUAGUGGUUUUGUGGAAGUUACUUCUCGUCGAACUCAAAAAGAGAACAAAGACAGACAGCGUGAAGAGGAAGAGAAAAGAAAAAAGGCUGAUGAACAAAACAGGCCACGCAACAAUCAGGCAGGUCAUAAAAAGAACCAGUCUUCAAAACCACCCAGAUUCAGUAAGCAACAUGCACCUCAAGCUAAUACACACAGCAAGUCAGCUGGAGUAAUCGGAAAGGUAACAAGUGCCAUUGUGUCCGAGGCAGUGACAGGUCUUCCAAAUGCUACAACAAACAGUAAUCCAUCCAGUGCAAAUUCUACAAAACGUAACAGUCCAGUAACAGUUGAAAGACCAGUAUCACCUCCCCCUCCUCCUGUUUUUAAUGCUUGGGAUAAACCACUGAUUGUUACUCCUGCAAAGCCACCAAGUGCAAUCAUUCCAGCAACCUCUUCAGUUCCUGAUCCUCUGGCAGUGGGAAGUGGCAAACCUUCACGUCCUGUGCAAUCGGUGAGUAUAGUAUGGUGAAUGAAUAACCUUUACCUUGGAACCCCAUUGUCACAUUUGUUAAACAGGCGUUUAACGGUUAGCAUUGAAGUUAGGUGAGGUUAGGAUUAGGUUAUGUGCUACUAAAGGGAAGAAAACAAAAAAAACUGUUAUGUGACUUGACGCAUAGGAUUAACAGAAAAAGCUCUUGGUAUUUUUUUGUCUUGAGCAUCUUUUUUCUCCCUCCUGUUAGUGCGUAUCCUAUUAAAAUUUUGUAUGAUUAUCAAACAAUAUGUAUUUAAAGUGCUGGUGCAUUGAAUUUUAAAAGUUGCUGAAGUCACUGAAAAGGUUUAUUACAACCUUGAGUUGAUGUGUUUGAGUAGUCCUUAUUUGUAUUCCCGUAUGGCCUAGGAUAAGUGCUUGUUUUGGCGUGGAAGCAAGGCUGCUGUGGCGAGUCUCAUCUAGAAGAGAAGGGCCGCAUUAAAGAGCUUUAGAUUCUGAGACGAGGACGACUAUGAGGACGAGAUUUUCCCAAUGCUGAGUAGUGCGCGCGCGUGAGCUAACGUCAUUUUGGCGGGAAAACGUGGUAGCCGCGUCAUUCUACUACGAGUUUUAUCGAGAAUGUCGUGGUGACAAAAACAAGUUAUCAAAUGUCAGGAAUUUUAUCAUUAGCGAUCGGGAGAGGUUUUACCCCCUUCAGCGGAAUUAAGCGAACAAACUUUUGUCGUGAAAAAAAGUACAGUGAUGCUUUCCAGGGUGUCUAUUUUUGAGAAUAGGCGAGAAAACUUACAAUUAAAUGUCGUCCUCGUCCACGAAUCUAAGGCCCUCUAUUUUUGUUCAAAGGUCUCAGAAUGCUCAAAACUUACUGACAAGUGUGUUGUUCAUCACUGAGAAAAACAAUGAGCCUAACCUGAAAUUGACUAAAACAGUGGUUUGUCAUCUAGUUUAAGAAUGCAAGGAUGGCCUUAAUAUCUUCAAAGCUUGGUAAUAUCCCGAAAUUUUGAAACUUUUUGAAGUAUACCGCUUUCAUUUGAAUGGAUAAUUGUACAUGUUGAAAUCCUACGAUAAAGUAAAAACACCCGCUUCACAGUCAACAGUUAUAAAUAUUUAGGCGGGGGAUUUAAGCCCAUCAGAUGGAGAAAUAUUUUGAGUGAAAUAUAAUCAUAGUUAAUGGUUUACAAUUAAUAUUGCUUAUAAUAGGGAACAGUUAUCUCCUCUACUGCAUCAUUAAUUGAGGACAUCAGCGUAGACGAGGACUACAUUGCUAUGACAAAGGAGAUUGCUUUGCUGGCUCCUCCAGAAGAACCUGAAGAAGUUGAAGCACCUAAUGACCCUGGUACCAAACCUAAGGGAAAAGUUGAAGCUAUUGACAAAACGUCUCAAAAGGUUGUGAAGAGUAUUGAUGAGUCAGAUAAAAGGUCCCAGCCCAAACCCCAGCGAGAAAAACCCCCAAAGUUUGACAGGACUGGAAAGCGAAGGGUUUCAGGAAACACUGAUGUAACUAAGAAGGAACAGUCUGGUGAGACAAAGGGGAGAAAGAGCAGCCGUGACGGCCAGACUUCUCAAAAACUACAGAAUAAAUCAGCUCGGGUAAGAAGUAUUUUUACUUAGUGUGACUGAUCUUUCUUUUCUUGUUGGAAACAUGCGUUUAUUGUCGACUUGUUUAAUACAAUACAAUACAAUACAGUAACUUUAUUUAAAGAGGGAAGCGCAAUAAACUGUUACAGUUUUCUAACCUACGGCCCUCAAUCAAGAAUACAAGCUCGAGGAGAAUAUGUUAAUUGCUUUAGUGAAAGCAUAAGCAUUACGACUAGGAAACACUUGUGCUUACUCUUGUAUCUGUGUUCUGCGUUCAAACUAGUGGGUUUCAACCAUUAAAAUAAACAAGGAGAGCAGCAAAAACACCUCACUUACCACAAAACCCAUCUAUCCCCCCUCCAACCCUCUCUAUCUUCUAAAUUUUAUCCUUUUGUGCCUACAGUAUAUAUAUGAUCAUCCUUGUGGUUAUGUUUGUGCUUAUGCUUGCAUGAGCCUUUUUUGUGGAUGAGUAUUUUAAACGUAUCGUGGUAUUCAUAGAGGCCCUGAUGUCUUACGACUCCCAUUUAAUUGUAUUUUACUUCAAGGAUGCUCUUCACAGCAAGAAUCUAAUUCAAUUAGUUUUCCAAAAUCCCUCUAAAAAAUGUACCACAUUUAACAGGAUAAAACCACGAAGGGAAAGACAGUGACGUCGGCUAACAGCCAGCAGAAGUCAGUGUCGCCUGAAGAUCAGACUGUAGAUGGUGUGGACGCUAAAGAGCUGCAAGAGUGCGAGGAGUAUGAUGCUUCCACUGUUGAGGACAUUUCAGCACCUGCUUCUGAUGAAGGAAGUGAGGAAAAAGAGGAUGAUCUGAAAGAAGGAGAGGUAAAAAAAGAUAAAUUACGGACUUCAAGUACUGUAGUAAAGUUAUACGUAGUAAUUUUUGUUGUCGUUUUUACCUCCUAUGAUCCGUUUUAGAGUGUGAUUUCAAGUACUCUGUUUGUCCUUCUGACACCGUAUAUGGUCGGAUAUGGAAUGGUUUCUUUUUUAAAUUCUGACAUGGUUUAAAGAAGUUACUUUGUUAAUUCUCUCAGUUGCUGCAAACAUAUGCUUCUUUGUUUUGUGUCUGAACUGAAGCUCGGUUGUUUUAAUAUACUUGAAAGGGUAUUGACUGUGGUCAAGGAACAAGGGUGGCACAGUUGGUUAGUGCACGGCCUUCGGUGCGCGAGGUCUCGAGCUCGAUCCUGAUGACAUGACAUCCUUGUUUCAACUUCUCUCCUUUCUAUGUAGCUUUGACUAGCUUUAAAAACCCUUAAAACGGAGCAUUGAUGUAGAGAGGGAGCAAAAUGUCGACCUCGCGUUUAUCAGUUGUUACUGUCACGAGUUAUCGACGUAAAAUAUGGUUGCUUUACCUUUACCGUUUACCUUUAACCCUUAAGAAUAGUUGAACAACACAUUCAAAAUUGUUUCAUUCAUUUUUCUUUUCUAUAGGAUCAAGAGGCUAAAGAUGACUCCGAGAGUGAAUCAAGCAGGAAGGAUUCUGAGCCAGACUUGAUCGUGGACACUCCUGAGAGAAAUAAUGAUGCUGACAACCUUUUCAGUUCAAGCUCUCUUGCAGUGAACAUCAAUGAGAGACCAACCACUAACAGACCAGUCCGGGAGCCAUCUCCAGUGUCACCAGCUAUCUAUGAAGAAAUGUCAAAGAAGGUGGAAGCGUCGAGAAAGCUGUGGGAUAGUGGGGUAGGCAUUAGGCGAACAAGUAAUCCAGUUGCUGCUUGGGAGGAGACGCUGCGUACACCAGCAAGUGUGGGGUCAUCAAUUGUGGGCAUGCCAGUUGUGGAGGCAAAUGAAUUACGGCUAAGUGAUGAUCAAGUCACUGUUUCGAAGUCGGAAGAACUGGAAGUGAAUUCCAGCAAGGUGGACUCUAAACCCUCUGACGGUAUAAGCUUUACAAAGAAAUCGGCAUCUGGUGAACAGCAGAAUGUCUGCAAGGUGAAGCCCCAACAGCAGCAACAGCCUUCAGUGAAACCUCAGCCGUCCACUUCACUGGUUUCACAAACUGCAGAAGAAAACAUCCCUUCCGAACUGAAUGCAGUCCCCUUGGGACAGCCUUUGCUGACACAGGACCAGUUGCUCACACAACAAGCAAUAACACCCCGUUAUGCAUUUCCUUUUGUCAGUCAGUACAUGGAUUUACAGCAAAGACAGCCCUUCUUACAGCAACAGCAGCUUCAGCAGCUUCAACAAGCAAGUCAGCAUGUAACCCCCACUUAUCCUCUCAAUCACGUGCAGCAGGUAAAUCAGGCGCGUUCCUCUUCUUCCCCACUUUCCCAAACACCUCAGGAUAUAUACCAGUCUUCGUUCUUAGCUGGUGGGGUCUACUCUGCUGGCAAUUUUCAAGGGACACAACCUUUUGUGUCCAUUGCUCUGUUGCCCUCCACUACAACUCAGUCGUUUGUGACCUCUUCAACAAGAACCCAGACUACUUCUUUAAUGGGUUUGCAGGCUCAGCAACCAAAGACUGUAUCUGGAUCGGUCUUUGCACAAAACGUGAACCCUCAGGGAGGACAAAUGUACAUGCCAUUCGAUCCCAAAACGUUAGGUGGAGGAACUCCAUUGUUCAACUUGGCCCAGCACCCACAGACUGCUCACAGACAGCUUCUGGGAGCUCAGUCUGGUAUUGUGGGAGAUAAUAUUCCUCGACAAGCCGGUUUUUCUACGGCCCAACCAACUCAUCAGUCUUUCCAGGGAGCAUACCCUUUUCAGCCGAAGCAAAGUGCAUUUGAUGUCUCACAAGACCUGCAAGUGAAAAAACCAUCUGAUCAGUCAGAAUUCACCCGACAGUCUGAACUAGUAAAACAUGUCAAUGCCAAACCUUUUGAGCCUCCAAAGAGAUCAGCACCAGGUUCAAUACCAGGAAACAACCCUGCAAUUGCACCGUUGGUUUCAUCAACAUUUACCCGAAAUCCAAACAUGAUGACUAUUCGUCCCAGCCCACAAGAUGUAGGAGGAACGUCGCAGAGUCCACCAGUGUCUACAUCCCUCAUUUCUGGCAGACCUGUGUCCAUGUCGCCAGUUGAUCCAGGUGUCCCUUUUCCUGGUGCAGUAGGAAGUUUCCCAAAGCACACUGCAGUGGGUCAGUUUCAGGUGCAACAGCAACCUCAGGGAGUUCAACCUCAACAGUUUACCCCUUUUCAGCAGCAGCCAGUGGGUAUUCAGCAUGCUCUUCAGAUACGAGCCCCGGGGCAGCAGCAACAACAAGCUGUGAAUCCACUUCAAGGUGCUGCAGCGACCAUCUUGCCAAAUCCAGCUGUCAUGGCUGCUAUGCCAAGGCAGCUUAUUCGUACACCAGGCCUUGGUCCAAUAGGUGUGAGUGGGGCACAGCCAACUGCACCCAAUGCACAGAGGUUCCCCGCACCAAUCCAGCGUCCUAUGACAACAUCAUUAAUGCAUGGAGUACCUCACAUGCAGGCUCCACGUCCACAAACAGUAACACCUCAGAUGGUGCCUUCAAAGCAACAGAUCAUGCAAAACAGACCGCAGAUGCAACAGCCACCAGUGUCACAUCAGAAUCCAAUGACAUCUGCCUUUAAGCUUGAACAGCAUCAAAAGAUGUUGGAGCAGACCAAAAUGUUCUUUGCCCAACAAGGGCAAAAUCAACAGCAGCAGCAGCAACGCGUGCCAACUCAGAACAUUUCAACUGAUCAGCAACCGAAAGUUGCACCCACAUCACAAGGAGAACGACCACUCUUAAAAGGUCAAGUACAAAAAGAAGCAAACAAACUACAGGAGAAGAAAGAAGAAACAAUCCCAAGAAACCGAAAACCCAAUUCCGAAGCAAACAAGACGUCAAAGACAACAAAAGUAGACUCAAAGCCAGAAGAAAGCAGCAAAAAUAAAAGCAACACAAAACAGGAUGGUAAAGGUGCCGCUUCUAAAAGCAGCAGCAGCAGUAGCAGCAGCAUUGGCCGUGUUCAGCCCCUACCCAUGUCACAAAGAGGAAAGCCAAACAGGGGUCGAGGCCCUCCAAGAAUGCCUGUUACGCCUGUAAACAAACCUAAGCUCUCUGGACGACUAGAGAAAGACCCCAAAGAUGGAACAGCUCCAGAGCAGUCCAGUGGACCCCCAAGCUCCAAGACUACCGAUCAGGCAAAAACCGCCGAUGCACAACAAGUGCCGCCCCUAAGUGUCAACAAGGCAUGAAUUUAACUUCUUUAUAUAAGAGACCGAAGUUUCGGUGAUUUCAUUUUCAGCCCAGAAAAAAGGUUGUUUUCGUGGUUGUUACCACACACACAAAACUAUAUCGUACGCGUGAUUUUCGACUCGUUUGUUUCUAACUGUAGUAUUUUGAGAGGUUUUUCUUUCGGGAGAAGCUCGCAUAAGCAUUUUUGUUCCUCUCAUUGCCGCAACACUGUAAAUUAGUUCAUGGAAUGUUUGUACAGAGGUUUGCGAUGAGUUAAUUUAUUGCUGAUGUUAAGCUUUCUUGAUGUAAAAUGGUGAGUUAUUUCACCAAAGAGAAUUUCAACAUUUUUUGUGCUAAUCAUACGAACGAAUUAAAUAGAUUUAAAAAUGCUAUGUGAUGUUUAUUUUGAUGUAAACUAGUUUCGGUGGUGUAAUGUUUUCGUGUUGGUCCUGAGUGCUAGCUCAAAAAGAGGCAGUUGGCAAACGUAUUACCUUUUACCUUUUCAAUCGACAAUCUCAAAGCCAGGGCGGUGUUUCGAAAUACGGGACGAGUUACACCCAUCAGGUUGCUGUGGUAAUUUUUGUCACCUUUUUUAUCGUUUUGAAUAGCUUAACAACUAAUUCCAAUAGGUAAAAUUCAACCAGUGGUCUAUUAUCAAUGCUGCGUUCUGAUUGGUUGAGCUACCACUAGGCUAUAUGUUAUAGCCCAGUGGUAGCGAAAAGCGCCGGCUUUUCGGCGGCAAAAAAAGGAUUAAAGUCUAGCUUUAACUAGCGAAAGUUGUUUUGUCUCGAUAUUUUUGACCAACUAGUUGGAUUUUACCAAAACAAUUAUUCCUCUCGCCCUCAUGGCCUCUUGAGUCAAUAGAGACCUUUGGCAUCAGGCAAACCGUAGUUUGUAGUUACGCGUUUGCAGUUUUGCGUUUCCGAGAUUUCCAAUUCUAGCAAGGCGUUCAAUUCAGUUCAGGUCAUUUUUAUUUAGCGAAAAUAUAAUACAAUACAAGAAUACAUAUAGGAAUUGUAAGGUUGCAAGGGAGCCCAGAAGAGGUCAGACGGCUUAUGAAGCUUGGGCGCUCCAGUCUCAAAGAAAUAAGCAAAAUAAAAUGACACUCGCGGAGUGAUACGUUAAAAAUUGGAACUUAACAGAGACUGAGUUAAGUUAUGAAUUCAGUAACAAGACCAAAAAAAAUUUAGCUCUGGAUUGGAACAGAAUACUUUCUUUUGUUAGUACGGCAGAAAGGAAUGUAAAAUCGAUUUGAGCUACGCGUUCAUUGUCUAGGGCCGCUACUUUGUUUUCAUUAAGUUGAAGUGCAUCACUUUAAUCGCGCAAAAAUCAGGAAUAAUUCAUUGAUUCGAGAUAAAAAAUCCAACAAACACACUGCAAACGGGUAUAAAAAGCUAGUUCACACCUGUAAACUUGAGGCUGUACAAUUUUUGUGGCAAAAAACUUUGCCGUAAAUCAAUUACCGCUGGAAGCCCUUCCUGGGGUUUAAACGUGAACUGCAAACUGUAAACGUGACCGCAAGGCCGUGGUCACGUGACAUUUUGCGGUUUGCAGUUCCCCAUGAAAAACCUGAUGGCCUCAUGGCUAUUGACCCAAAGCCCAUUGAGGCUCGAGGAGUAAUUGUUAAGUAGUGAAAGGUUGGAAUUCACGUAUUAUUUCAGAUAUGAUCGUCUGGGUGGGGUUAGUCCUGAAUAGGACUAUUGUUGACUGUGACUUUCGUUGAUAGUGUUAUUGACUGCCAACAACAGUCCUUUUCAGGACUUCACUUUCACGUUCAGUUUCUCGUGGGAGUUAAAAUGGCCCCAAGAGAAACUGAAAACAAUGCUUAUGCAAAAUUUUGGGGUGACAAACAAAGAGCAUUAUGGUAUGUUAUGGUAUUUUCUGGAGUGGUCAAU